UUGGACGGCGGGCUUGUUGCUCUGCGGCUGAGGCUCCGCAGCUCCUCUGGGGUCACUUAUGGCGUCGCCUUGUAGCGAAAGGCGAGGGGUUGAAGGAGGAGCUGCCUGUCGUCGUCGUCGUCGUCGUUUGGAGAGGGAGUGAAAGAGGCUUCCGGAAGGAAAGCGAGAAGAUGGAUCAAAGGUUGUCUCAGCUUGUGGAGCACCUUACAACUUCAGGAGAACCCCAGCUGGAUUCUCAGAAGAUGAAGGAACUAAAGAAGAUUUGCAGGUCUUCAGAUGAGCAUAUUUGUCACAUUUAUCACCUGUUAAUGACACAGCUGAAUGAAGACCAUGCUCAGAUACGUCUUUCAGCAUUCCAAAUUGUAGAUGAACUUUUUACACGAUCACAUCAGUUUAGGACUUUAAUUAUAUCAAACUUCCAAGAAUUAUUGGAGCUUACGGUGGAAACGGACUAUGAUCAGCCUCUUCCUCCACCAGAAGAAGUAGCUCAGAAGCUGAAAACAGUAGCUAUUAAAUCUGUUCAAAGGUGGCAUGAAGAGUAUGGGGAGGCCUACAAGAAACUUUCACUUGGAUACUAUUUCUUAAAGCAAAACAAGAAGGUGGAUUUUCAAAAUGUAAGUGCCAGAACUCUAGCCGAAAGAAAAAGAGAUGAAGAAAAACAAAAACGAUUGGAUAGCAUUUAUGGAGAAAAGGCCAAGAAAGCUGAGAAGGAAAUGGAAGAUAUGUCCGUAGAAAUCCAAGCUGUGCUGACGGAGUUGGAAAACUGUUUUCGGCUUUUGAUGCCAGAUCCUUUUGACUUUAUGGUGAAUGACACUGAAACUGUUCAUUGGAGGACAACUGAAGUGGGCAAAACUGUUUCCUCUUCAUCUGUACAGACGGUUCCUUUGAUUGAUGAUGACGAGCAGCCUUGUUGUAGCAAAAACCUUCCUUCUCUCUCUCUGGUUCCAAAAAUUGACAGUGGAGACCUGAACAAGGAAACGCAGAAGAACAUAAAUACUGAAGACUGCUUAGACUUUCAGUUGACUUCUGCUGAUGCCAGUGAAGAUGAUCAUGCAACCUUUGUUCGGAGUCAUGGUCUUGGUUCUCAUAAAUACACUCUCAGUCUGGAAAUACCCACAGAUGUGAAGCUGCAUGAGAAUGAAGACAAUACAGCUAUAAUAAAUAAUAUUAAAGAUUCUCAUAAGCUCAUCCAAAAUAAAUUCUUACCUUCAGUGCAAUCUUGGAUUCAGUUGUUCACAAGGGCUGGAAUAAGUGACAAUCGUCUAAAACAAGCCAUUGAUCUUAAAAAUACAUUGGAAACUGCUAUGAAGAAAAAUAAAGAAAUAAAUAUUGACUUUGAAGAGAGAAAGAAGAAAGUGGUAAAAGCUACAAAUGAUGAUGAUGACGACGACGAUGACUUUGUAGAAGUGCCUGAGAAGGAAGGCUAUGAGCCACACAUUCCUGAUCACCUCCGAAAGGAAUACGGUCUGGAGCCUGCAAUACCUCCAAAACCCUUAGCAGUUGGGAUAGUAAAGAAGACAUCUAUACCGACCUCCCAGUUCCAUCCUAAAAGAAAUGAAGAAGAAUGUGAUCCAACCUGCGCAGCAGCUACAUGGAAAAUCAUCCAAGAUAAACUACCGAGGAGUCAAGCUACAGAUGACAGUGUAUCUAGAAAUUCUGAGCCAACAGCUUCUGGGGAGAGGAACAAUACGUGUGAAGACGAAAAAGCCAAGGCUCCUUUUGUGCCUUUUGGGUUGGAUCUUUUUUACUGGGGCCAAGAGCAACCAGAAUCUUCUAGCAAGAUUCUUAAAUUUUCUUCUCAGCACCGCUUUUGGGCACCCAAUGAAGUUGAAGAAGAAGUGGAAAACAAAGAAAUUGCAGAGUUGCUGAAAAGCAGAUACAUAACCUUUGCUGGCAAGUUUGAACCAGUGAAACAUAAAUGUCGGGCACCGAUGCCUAAUGGAAAUCUUUGUGAAAGGCAGGAUAGGUUUAAGUGCCCUUUUCAUGGAAAAAUAAUACCUCGUGAUGAAUCUGGAAUCCCUGUCAAUGAAGAGGACAGAGUCAAGGAAGCAAAGAAUGAAUUUGAGAAAAGGGAAAAGCACCCAGAAUGGCAAGAUCCAGAAUUCAUGAGGGAAGUUGAAGCAUCCACAGGGGCUGAUCUUGGAUCUUCUCGGUAUAGUGGGAAAGGAAAAGGAGGAAAAACCAAAGGAAAGAAGAAAUAUCCCAAGCUGGUAGAUCUGAAACAACAGGCAAACACUUGUCGUUCCCGCCUGGAGAAGAAAGUUUUCAAUAAAGCUGCAGUGAAGCGGGUGGUGAAAGCAAUGAAUCAAAUGGAUCAAAGAAAGCAUGAAAAGUUUGCAAACCAGUUUAACUAUGCACUGAAUUGAAGGUUAUUAAUGUCAAGAUUGAGAAGACACUGACCAAUACAGCUGUUCUUAAAGCCCUGUAGAUAAAACAUUUAUUGGAAUAUAUUAUAUUAAUGUCAGUUUAUAUUGAUGUCAAUUUUAAUAAAUCAGUUGUGUGUGUGUGUUGUAUAUUCCA